UGGCGUCGGGUUUUAAUCAGGGUGGUUUUGCUCCUGGGAUGGGGAACGCUGUUCCUUCGUCCCUCGUUGAAAUUUCUGUGGAGUGCAGAAAUCUUGUUGAUAUGGACGUGUUCUCAAAAUCUGACCCAAUGGUUGUGCUGUUUACAUGGGAGGUAUCCGUGAGUUCCUGGAAAGAGUUUGGCAGGACAGAGAUCAUAUGGGACAACCUAAACCCUGUCUUUAUAAAGAAGUUUGUUAUGGACUAUUUCUUUGAGGAGUCACAGAAACUGAAAUUUGAAGUUUAUGAUGUGGAUUCAAAAAGCCGGGAUCUAAGAAAUCAUGAUUUUCUUGGCAGCACUGAAUGUACUCUCGGUGAAAUAGUCAGCAGUGCAAGACUCCAAAAAGCUCUAAACACAAGGAGAGAACAGCAAGGAGGCCCAAAAGUGAACAGUGGAAGUAUAAUAUUAGUUACCGCAGAAGAACUAAGUACGUGUAAGGAAGAGGUUACGAUGCAGUUAUGUGGACAUAAACUUGACAAGAAAGAUUUCUUUGGAAAAUCGGAUCCAUUUUUGGUGUUCUUAAAAUCAAAUGAAGACGGAAGUUUCACUGCGGUCCACAAAACCGAGGUGAUCAAAAAUACACUGAAUCCAACAUGGCGGACAUUUACCGAAAAGGUUCGAACGUUAUGUAACGGAGAUCACGACAGAUCUAUAAAGAUAGAGUGCUACGACUGGAACCAGAGUGGGAGUCAUGACCUUAUAGGUGGUUUCAUAACAAGUCUCCGCGAGCUUGAACGCGGACCAGGACCACAGAAUAGUUAUGAGUUGAUACAUCCAGAGAAGAAGGCAAAGAAGAAAAAAUACAAACAUUCAGGAACUAUUGAACUUCUCUCAGCUAAAGUGGUGGCAGUACCGACAUUUUUAGACUAUAUCAAAGGGGGAACGCAGAUCCAUUGUACCAUUUCUAUCGACUUCACGGCAUCAAAUGGUAAUCCACAGUCACCAACCUCUCUACACUACAUGAGUCCCUACCAGCCAAACCAGUAUGCUCGGGCUCUCAGAGCUGUGGGCGAAAUUAUUCAAGAUUAUGACAGUACAAAGAUGUUCCCAGCCCUUGGAUUUGGAGCACGCCUUCCCCCUGACGGGAAAGUCUCUCAUGAGUUUUUCUUGAAUGGCAACCCAAAUAACCCCUACUGCCAAGGUAUAGAAGGUGUGCUCCAAGCCUACAACCAGGCACUCCGGACUGUACAACUCUACGGGCCAACAAACUUUGCUCCUACAAUAAAUCAUGUGGCUAGAUUUGCUGCAGCUAACAAGUCUGGCUCCGAUUACUACAUCUUACUGAUCAUCACUGAUGGUGUUAUUACAGACAUGCCACAGACAAAGGAAGCAAUUGUGAAUGCGUCUAUGUUACCGUUGUCAAUCAUCAUUGUUGGAGUAGGUGAUGCCGAAUUUGAUGCUAUGGAUGAAUUAGAUGGAGAUGAGGUUCGGCUUAGCUCUAGAGGCAGAGUUGCUGCAAGGGACAUUGUACAGUUCGUGCCCUUCAGGGAGUUUCUCGGCAAUAACACCUUGGCAGUGAGCCAAGCGAGAUUAGCAAAGGAAGUCUUAGCCGAAGUUCCUGACCAAGUGAUAUCUUACAUGAGAGCCAACAAUAUUAAACCACGACCGCCACUUGAAAGACAAGCAACGUUCGCGACGGCUCCGGUUUCAUAGAGAUGAUCAGUCCUUGAGAAAGUUUGAAAUCGUUGCAAGGAAAUAUACUUUUCGGAUCUUACUUCUCCUGAUAGCAGCGAGAGAAUUUGCCAACUAGAAUUCACCAUUUGCUAUCAUUACAUCUAUGAUGGUCCCUCAUAGAAUCUAUUAUGGGAUUCAGAUACGAUGUAAAAUGUGGUUUGUGAUAAUUAUCAUACACUGUCGAUUCUACCAUUGGCCCAUCAAUGAUUCUGUGACAGGAAACUGUGUAGCGGACCAUGGUCCUUCCUGUUCACUCGAGAAUUGAAAAUAAAGCACUUCUGUUGGAAAUGUAUAUUUUAAAGUGCCUUCGCUGCUGACGAAAUAUACACCCUUGUUCUCUUUCACAUUGGGCAGUAAGCCCGCUGUAGAAAAUUUAUCUUCUUAAUGUCUGUCCAUUUAUUCAAAAAAUAUAUUAUAUUGUGAUUUUACAUGUGUUACGUAUAUUUAGAGAAUAGGUGGUGGGUAUACGGAACUCCUAAUCAUGUUCAUGGCUCAUUGUUGUCAGUGUUUGAUCCUAAAGGCUUUUCAGAAGUAAAAGUGCAUGUCCUUUUGGGCCACAUUAUUUUGCAUCAAGCAGUUAUUCCUCACAUGGCCCAAGAUUUGGGUAAGCAACCCGACUUUUGAAAUAAAAUCGUUGGGAAAUGUGUAGCAAUUGCAUUUGAUAAAAUGGAUGUUUUAGUGCUGAUGGAUUUGAAGUAUGUUAUUGUACAUAUUAAUCAUGGACUUCAACAAUAUGUAUAUGUAUAAUUCACACGUAGAUGGUUCGCCCAUGAUAAUAGCAUGCUUCCAGUGAAGAUUUCAUCGUCCCGAAAGUGUCUUCGUAUAGAAAUGCGUGCAGUUUUGAUAAAUAUGUAAUAAGCCCAUUAAUAAUCCAAAAGCCCAAUAAUCAAUUCCUGUGUGAUAUCUUGUAUACCCAAAAUUACCUUAUCCUGUUCCCAGAUUGAUGAUCUUUUGCAUCCUUUGUUUAUAAACCCCGCAUUGUCCAUCAUUCCCUACCUUUUUCCUUCUCUGUUUGAGAUUAUUUUUAAAACAUGAAAUGUAGAGCUGCUAAUAUAAGAUAUGCUUCAUAGUUUAUAUGUCUACAUUCAGUGUACUUCAGAUAGUGCAGAUUCUCCCCUCUUUUAUUAUACACCAGUAGCUACUCUUAUCUAUCAUGUGUUUGUACAUUUUAUUUUAUAAAUAAAUAACAUUUACUAAA